UAUGUUUUUCUCUAGUGUGUCGGGUUACAGUAACGUCUUUCAACUAACUGCUUCCUUCUUGAUUAUGUUAUUUUUAAAUUAUUUAUAGCCUCUUAAAUAAAUGAUAGUGAUGUACAGAGAUAGUCUGUCUACCAUUAAAUUUAACUCCACAUUUGUUCGACCUGCAAAGUUCUAUCUUGGUGGGUUUUACAACAUGCCUCAUGAUAAGUAUUACUACAUCUUUUUGUGUUUUGUGUACAUCAUGACUGUGCUUGGCAAUGGUUUUCUUCUUUCUGUUAUCUACCUGGUGAAGACUCUCCACACUCCCAGGUACAUAAUCGUGUGCAACUUGGCUCUGACAGACCUGUGUGGGAGCACUGCUCUCAUCCCAAAGCUCCUGGACACAUUUCUGUUUGACAGGAGAUACAUUGUUUAUGAGGCUUGCUUAAGUUACAUGUUCUUUGUUUUAUUUUUUGGCAGUAUGCAGUCAUGGACGCUUGUGACAAUGGCAUAUGACAGAUUAAUAGCAAUUUGCUUUCCCUUAAGGUACCACAGCAUUAUAACCAAAAAAUCCGUUGUUGUAAUGCUGCUGUUUUCUUGGACUUUUUUAAUCUGCGUUACAGCAACUUCGGCUGGUUUAAUCAAUCGCCUCUCUUUCUGUGCAUCUAUAGAGAUUAAAAGCUUCUUCUGUGAUCAUGGACCAAUAUUUCAACUGGCCUGUAAUGAUAAAUCAUACAGUUACAGUAUGGCUACUACUGGUCUAAUUGUAGUGAUGUGCAUUCCUCUCAUACUGAUAGUUGGCUCUUAUGUUUGCAUCUCCAUUGCUCUGGCCAGGACUACUUCAACAGAAGAAAGACUCAGAGCUCUAAAAACAUGUGUUUCUCACCUGAUUCUUGUUGCUCUUUUUUUUCUUCCAUUUGUGGGCACCAACAUAGCUGUACUGACUUCUUAUAUUCAUCCAAAUGCAAGGAUGAUAAACUCAAGUUUGACAUUCACAGUUCCUCCUAUGCUUAAUCCAAUUAUCUAUUCUUUGAAAACAGAAGAACUGAGGAACACUAUAAGGAAGCUUUGCAAAGGAAACAAAACAGCUGUGCAAUGA